GACACACGACUGUAAAGUCAGCCAUGGCUGCCACGAAGUCACGGAGGGCAGAUUCAAUAUCUUCAGCCAUGUCAGUCGAUUGAGUCGUUUUAAAACGCAGACCUCUGGGACAAGCCACGUUUCAGCGUUUUUAUCAUUCCUGUUCCAUCAUGUCCAGUGUACAAUUGCUUCAGGUCAUCACUGGUGCAGAUCCAAGCAAUUGUGCAGAUCCGGAGAGCAAGAGGAGGCGGAUGUCGACAAAGAGCAGAACGGAAGGAAUCGUCAUGGACAUUGGUGCCAACUUUGGGCAAAGCAGCGAACGGUACUUAGAUGCAGGUUUCCAGGUAGUGGCCGUGGAACCCAAUCCAGCAGCAGCAAAGGCAAUUCGAGAACGCCUUGGAACUUUCAUCAGCUCUGGUGAACUUGUUUUGGAGGAGACGGCCAUUUGGACCAGCUCCUCAGCGAAGUUGUACAUCAACAAAGAGGACUCUGAGUGGAGCAGUUGCUUCGAGACUGUGGGCUCCCGGUAUGAUACGGAGGCCGAGGUGGUGGAUGUGAAAUCAACAGAUCUGGGAGCUCUUUUUGGAAAGCAUGGCACUCCUUGGUAUCUGAAACUGGACACUGAGGGUGCUGAUGGUCUGAUCCUAGACCAGCUGGCCACAUUGUGGCCGAAGCCACCCUUCCUAUCCUUCGAACUGAACAGCUUGGUCUACUUGAAGCAGGCAGCAGAGCAAGGCUACCAAGACUUCAAGGUCGUCCCUCAGGGUCAUCACAAAGCAAAGCACCUUCUGGACGAACACGGAAGGCCUUUGACUCAUGCUGGCGACUUUGGAGAGGACGCCAUUGGAGUGUCAGGGAAGUCUUGGAUUAGCCAAGGGGAAGCGGUCGAGCUCUGCCGCCGUCUUUGUUUUGUUGCUCGGCAGUGUGACAACCGUGACAACUGUGACAACUGUGACAAUGAUCAACGGGCACCUCAUGCCGAGGUCCAUGAUGAGCAUGCAGAUGUACAGGGCUUUGCUGCUGGACCGCCAAGGUAUGUUGACCGUGACUUUGCCACUCUUCGAGCUUGCUUUCCAGUUGAAAGCAAGAAUGAUGAGGAAUGGUAUGACAUACAUUGUCGCCACCAAACAGCAGCAAACCGAGUCAAAAGUGAGCGCAGAGAGUUGUAG